GUGGGGAAGAAACAACCACCACAACAACUAUCAAGCUCCCCGCUUAUUCCAAGCAACAAGCAACAUCUGGAAGAAGAAGCGGGAUACAAUUGCAGAUGAGGGAACGAUGGGUUUCCAUGUAAUUAAGCAUCUGAGAGGCAUGAGUGCAGUGUUUGUUCUCCUUCCUACUGUGCUGUUUGUGACGUUGAGUGGGGCUCAGCGAGCUUGCCCCAAGAACUGCAGAUGUGAUGGCAAAAUUGUGUACUGUGAAUCCCAUGCAUUCAGAGACAUUCCUCAGAACAUUUCUGCAGGAUCUCAAGGCUUAUCGUUACGCUACAACAGCAUCCAGAAGCUCAAGCCAAAUCAGUUUGCAGGCCUACACCAACUCAUAUGGCUUUACCUUGAUCAUAACUACAUCGCUUCAGUGGAUGAGGAUGCCUUCCAAGGCAUCCGAAGGCUGAAGGAAUUAAUUCUAAGCUCCAACAAAAUUACGCACCUUCACAAUAAAACAUUUCACCCAGUCCCCAACCUACGCAAUCUAGACCUGUCUUACAAUAAGCUACAAGUGCUUCAGUCAGAGCAGUUUAAAGGUCUUCGCAAGCUCCUGAUCUUGCACUUACGAUCCAACUCAUUGAAAACGGUUCCUAUUCGGGUUUUCCAAGAUUGUCGCAACCUUGAUUUUCUGGAUUUAGGCUACAAUCGUCUGCGGAGUUUAUCUCGCAAUGCCUUUGCUGGCCUUUUGAAGCUCACAGAGCUCCACUUGGAACACAACCAAUUUUCUAAGAUCAACUUCGCUCACUUUCCUCGUCUCUUUAAUCUCCGCUCCAUUUACUUGCAGUGGAAUAGGAUCCGAUCCUUAAGCCAAGGGUUGACCUGGACUUGGAGUUCUUUGCACAAUUUGGAUUUAUCGGGAAAUGACAUUGCAGGGAUUGAACCUGGGACAUUUCAGUGCCUGCCAAACUUGCAGAAGCUCAACUUGGAUUCCAACAAGCUUACUAACAUCUCUCAGGAGACUGUCAAUGCCUGGAUUUCUUUGAUAUCUAUUACUCUUUCUGGAAAUAUGUGGGAAUGUACCCGGAGCAUUUGCCCUCUGUUUAACUGGCUUAAAAACUUCAAGGGAAACAAAGAAAGUACCAUGAUUUGUGCAGGCCCUAAGCAUAUUCAGGGUGAAAAAGUGAGCGAUGCUGUAGAAACCUACAACAUUUGUGCAGAAAUCCCAGUGGUGGUCACUGAAAAACCUUACCAGGUCCCUAAAACCCAGCAGAGACCCAUCUUUAUUCCAAAACCCACCGUUCCCAAAGUGGAAGACUAUGAGCCAACAUCAUUUACACCAAGCCCUUCUCCAGAUUUCCCAACAUCUGGACCAGAACCAGAAUAUGAGCAUGUUUCCUUUCACAAAAUAAUUGCUGGAAGUGUUGCCCUUUUUCUUUCCGUGGCUAUGAUUCUGUUGGUCAUUUAUGUUUCGUGGAAACGCUACCCAGCCAGCAUGAAACAGCUCCAGCAACACUCCCUCAUGAAAAGGCGUAGGAAAAAAGCCCGAGAAUCUGAGAGGCAAAUGAACUCCCCUUUACAGGAGUAUUAUGUGGACUACAAGCCAACAAACUCUGAGACCAUGGAUGUAUCGGUUAAUGGAUCUGGACCCUGCACCUAUACCAUUUCUGGCUCCAGGGAAUGUGAGGUCCCUCAUCAUAUGAAGACUUUGCCCUAUUACGGCUAUGACCAACCAGUGAUCGGAUACUGCCAGGCUCAUAAGCCUCUCCAUGUAAAUAAGGGAUAUGAUACUAUUUCCCGAGACCAGGCUGAGACCACCAACUUGGAGCUGAGUCGAGAUCACAGCUUCAUCGCUACCAUUGCCCGCUCUGCUGCACCAGCUAUUUACAUUGAGAGAAUACCAAACUGACGGAUCACCUUCUGAAUGAAAAUGAAGGAGAAUGUGUGGGAGGUUUCUUAUUUUUCCCCCUCUGCGGGGAAAAACAGCCCUUCGAUUCAAGACGCGAAAGGCGCAAGAAGACAUUUUGAACCGUUCCAGUGGGAAAAUGUUCUCAACCCAAAACCACAGAAAGAGAACAAAAUGGCAGAUGUCUCACAGAACACUGCGGAAAUUCAAUCUGGUGACCUGGCCAUACGGAUUGGUGAAUUCCAAAAUGUCCUUUGGUUUUAAACUGUUGAACAAACUUCUCGGUGUAAAUAAACAAACAAAAAGAUUGUUGAGUUCUUAUAUGAAAAAAAAAAGAAGUUAGAUUUCACUCUAGCAAGAUAAAGGGAUGGAUUAAAAGUUGUGUUUGUAUAUUUGAUUUUUUCUACAUUGCACGGUUCUGAUGGAAAAGAACCACAGAUGCCACUUUGGAGUGCAGGAGGAAUGGAGAGGGAGGGAGGGUCUGCCAAAUACAGAAUGAAGUAUUAUUUCUUUAUAAUUGUUUAUUAGUAUUAGAGGUUUCCUUUAACAUUCCCCCUCUUUUCAAAUUGGAACAUACCAAAUCAAUUUUUUCUCACUUCUUUAUUUCCUAAGAAUGCAAGAUCUGUCUUAUAAAUUCCAAUUCCAAAUAGGGCAUUUAUUGAACCAAACGGACAGUGACAAUUCUGUAAAAGAACCAAGAUGCAUAACUGACAAAACUUGGGGUGCAUGUACAUUUAAAA